AUGCGCAGGGCGCACGCGGGAAUCAUCGCGGCAGCCAAGCCUCUGGGGGGAAAGGUGCCUGCUGCGGUGCUGCCAGAGGACCGCGCCGCUGGAGUCGAACAGGUGCACAAUGCGCCUGUGACGGCGCUGCCGGAUGGACUCGUCGUCCGCGACCCGCAGGCACUGCAGGUACCUGCUGCGGCGCUGCCCGAGGAGCGCGCUGCUGAUGAGGACCCGGUUCAGGAUACGCCCGUGGCACUGCCGGAUGGUUCCUUCAUUUGUGACCCGCAGGCACUGCAGGUGGCCACUGCGGUACCACCAGCGAAGGGUGUGGCUGGAGAUGGACCAGCGGAACGCCCGGCUGAAUCUGCGGAGCUGCCAGCGGAGGGUGCGGCUGGAGAUGGACCAGCGGAGCGCCCGGCUGGAGAUCAGCAGGCCGAGGAUGCGCAUGAGACUACCGAGUUGGUAAGGUACACCAGUGUGUUUCAGGUGGAAAAGGGGGGGUCGGAGGCUGUUGACUUUUCCAUUUCAACCGCUGUGCCUCGAAUGUACGUGAUGAAUGUCAUCGUCGACGACCUCAACCUGGACGAUGUAGACGUGUAUCACACCAAGGUUGACGCUCACCUGUGGCAUCGGAGGAUGGGCCACUGCAAUCCUCGUGCGCUGCAGCAGCUGGCUGACAAGGGUUCCACCGGUAAAAGCUUCCAUCGUAACAUCGAAUCAGGUGACUGCAGUGUAUGCGCAGUUGGGGACAGCAAGAGAAGCAGCCACCCGCUGUCCGAUCGCCCCCGCCUUGAGACCCGGCUUGAGAUUGUAAGCGCCGAUGUGUGGGGGAAGCCCUCUGUUAAAUCGUACGGGGGUUGCCAGAGCGCCGUGAUGUUUACUGACGACGCUUCGCGUAUGAGGUUCGGCUUCCCCAUCAAGACGAAAGACGAAACGGCGGAGGCCCUCCAAUCGCUUAUCCGGGACGUUGCCGAUCCGCUUGGGCAAAGCAUCGGUACGGUGCACUGCGAUGGCGGAAAAGAGUUCAAGGGCACGUUCUUGGAGCUGUGCAUGUCGGUUGGAAUUACGGUCAACAACAGCCCCCCCUACGUUCCGCAAGGGAAUGCCAUCGCGGAGCGUGGGUUUGGUACAAUCAUCGGCACUACGCGCAAGAUGCUCCUGGGGGCGCCGCACCUUCCCGGCGAGCUGUGGGCUGAGGCUUUUCGGAUCGCCAUUUAUCUCAAGAAUCGCACACCAACUGACGUCCUGGGCGGUAAGGCCCCAAUCGAGGUAUGGGAGAGUAAGCCGCUCGGGAAAAUGUUGCACAUCCACGAAUGGGAUUCGUUGGCGUUUAAGCACGAGGAGACGCGCUUCCGGUCGAGCAAGUUGGCGGCCAGGGCCAAGAAAAUGUACCUGGUCGGCUAUAAUCCGGAGAGUAGGUCGUACAGGCUGUGGGACCCAGCGGAGUCUUUCAAUAUCACCAACUCUGCCGAGGUAUCAUUCCGUGAGAAAGAAAUGGGUGACGUGGUCAAACCCAAGGUAGGGCACGACCCGUUUCCUGCGCCCAAUGUGUCUGUUUAUCAGCCUGGCGCGGUAGAAUCUAGCGAAAGCGAAGAUGAAGACACAACCCCCACAGGGCCGCCGCCGGUGGCUCCGGGACCUCGUCGGAGCGACAGGACCUCCGUGGCGCCGCAGCGGCUGAACCUGUUUACGACGGAGGAGGAUGCGUACGAGAGAAUCGAGCAUGCCCUGGUGACGGGUAGCGACGUCGGCAACAUCGGGAGUGGACGUCCCGGUGAAGUGGGUUAUAUGUCUGCCGACCCCGCCAACUACGAUGAAGCGACUCGUGUCGUGGUGCAAGGGUUUCACGAGGCUGAUACGGGGAUGGACAAGGCCGCACCUGUCGCAAGCAUGGAAUCUGUGCACCUGGUAGUGUCUCACGUCGCGUACUACGGUCUAGUUCUCAAGCAAGCUGGCAUCAAGACUGCGUUCCUUAUCUCCAGAAUCCCCGAGGGUGCGAAGCCCGUCUACGUGAUUCCUCCGGAGGGUUUCAGGUGCACGCCGGAGCAAGCCAAACAAGUCUGGCGUCUCAAGGCGUGGCUGUACGGCCUGCGUCUCUCCCCGAAGGUCUGGAAUGGAACCUUUCACCAGUUCCUGCUGGAACUAGGCUUCGUACCGAGCACUGCCGACCCGUGCCUGUGCAUACUGCACGCGGCGGGAAGUAAUCCUACUGGUAUGAAGGAACGGUUUGAAACGGUGGACCUAGGAGAUGCGAAGUUCAUCCUGGGAAUGGCCAUCCACCGCAACCGCGACACGGGCACUAUUCUCUUGACGCAGGAGGCAUACACCAAGGCCGUACUUGCCAAGUUCGGCAUGGCCGACUUGCACCCGACGAAGACGCCGGCGGAGGUUGGACCGAUGAGCGCAGUGGAGGAAGAGACUCUGACGCCGGAUGAAGCUACAAUUUUCCGGUCUGCCACGGGUUCGGCUCUAUACAUAUGUAGGGGAUCGAGGCCGGACAUUUUCCACACGAUACUGGUGCUUACCAAGAGCAUGGCUAAGCCCGGGCCGAAGGCGUGGGCUAAGCUAAAGCGACUGAUGCGGUACCUGAAGGGAGCCGCAUCGCUGGGGAUAACAUGCAGCGGGGACGCAUCGAACGGAGACAAACUAAUUGCUUACGUUGAUUCCGACUUUGCAGGCGGCGCGGAAGAAGCGCAGCAUCGCGAGGUGGAGAGCACUGGAAACGAUCUUCGAGGGCUAUGUACGGCAGCUCGAGAAGAAAAGCCGCGAGGGGGAUCAGGCGGGUUUCUACAGGCACCUGAAGAUGAUCGACGUCGAAGGGCGGCCGAGGCAGCACUUGUGGCGAACUAUGUACCCGAUUGA